UAUCGGAGCUUCCGUCGGCCCAAAUGAUUUCGUCGCAAAAUGUUCUGCUCAGAGACCAGUCGUGGUGCUGUCAUGUUGUUUGUUGUGCUAAUUUAUUUGGCUGUUGUGGGGACUGAUGGAAAAGAUUUACAAUCUUACUUGACGGACGCGUCAUGGGAGGAUGUGAUAGCGGCAGGCGGCCUGCACAUCGGCCAUGGAAGAAUCAAGAGAUUUGUUGAGCUGAAUACAACACAGCCUAAUAUAGCCCAUCAGCCAUGUUUCCUGCCAAACGGCAAACGUGGCCGCUGCCGGCACGUACAACACUGCAUGCUGCAGGACUUCAAGACUGACUUCAUGAAAUACAUGGACUAUCUCUGUGUUAUUAAACGCUCUUCUCUUGGUGCGUGUUGUCCUGAAGACUUCAACGCAGGUCCAGAGGCACUAGCCGGAGAUCUGCCCGCUACAGCAUCCCGGGACGAAUCUCAAGUUGUAACCAGGAUAGUGCGCGCAGAGAACAGAGGAUGCGGCAUGAGUACGCGUGCUAUGAGCCGUGUUGUUGGCGCAAGACCAGGCAACCCACGAGACUGGCCUUGGAUGGCAUCAGUCACACCGGAGGGCUUCGAGCAGUACUGCGGGGGAGUCCUCAUCACUGACAGACAUGUUCUCACCGCUGCGCACUGCACCAGGAGAUGGAAAGCCUCAGACUUGUUUGUACGUUUGGGUGAAUACGAUUUGAAGCGGACCAAUGAUUCCCGGACUUACAACUUCCGUGUGAUAGACAUCAGACAGCACGAGGGCUACGAUAUGUCCAACUACCACCACGACAUCGCCAUCUUGAAGUUGCACCGUGCUGCUGUCUUUAACACAUACGUCUGGCCAAUUUGUCUGCCUCCAAUGGGACUUGACUUGGUUGAUAAGAUUGCUAUUGUCAUCGGGUGGGGCACAAAGUUCUACGGUGGGCCGCACAGUGACGUAUUACUCGAGGUGUCGGUACCUGUGUGGGAGCACAGCAAGUGCCAGGAAUCAUUCACUGCGACUGUCUUUGAAGAGAACAUGUGCGCCGGCGGACCAGAGGGUGGCAAGGAUUCUUGUCAGGGUGACAGCGGAGGGCCACUGAUGUACCAGAUGUCGAGCGGGCGCUGGGCCGUGGUGGGCGUUGUGUCGUGGGGUGUGCGCUGUGGAGAGCCGAACCACCCCGGACUCUACACUCGCGUCGACAACUACCUACCAUGGAUUGCAGAGAACGUUGUGUACUAAUGCAGUAUCUGCUGUAUUCAGACUCUUGAUCACUAAGAGAGACUUUAAGUGUAGAUUUAAUCUAUGCUUAUAUUAUAAAGAGGAUAGAUUUGA